AUGUAAUAAAAACAAAAUUAAGCAAAAAUAAGGAAUGCAUUACAAUAACAACUAUUCCCUAAGAUGCAAAAGAAAAUUGAUCCGCCAAAAACAUAACCAAAAAGGUAUUAUAUUAUAAAAUGUAUAAUUUUAAGAGCCAUAAGGAUAGAAGAUGAAAAUAAAUUAUCUAUAGCAUUACCGCAUAUAGAGACAACAAUUGCUAUGAAUUUUAAUUAAAAGUAUUAAUUGGGGAAUAUGAUUGGAGAAGGUGCACAUGGAUUAGUGAAAAAAGCCAUAAAAGUAGAAACAAGUGAAUAAGUAGCAGUGAAAAUUACAAGAAGUGGAGAUCCUGAGCUUGUUAAAACAUUUACUGAGGCAUACAAAAAUACUAGAAUGUUAGAUCAUGAAUUCAUAAUAAAAGUUUAUGAAUGUUACAUAGAUGAGCAAUGUGAAACUUUAUAUUUAGUAAUGGAAUACUCAAAUUUACGGAGUUUAGAAGAUGUUAUAAAAAAGCAUAAGAUAUUAACGUAAUUGAAUAUCCUUCAAUUAGGGAAGAAUAAGCUAAGAUUUUGAUAAGAAAUAUUCUAUUAGCUCUAUAGCAUAUUCAUGAAAGAGGAGUAGCUCAUAGAGAUUUAAAACCAGAUAAUGUGUUGAUCAAUAAAAAGUCAUUGGAUAUAAAAAUUAUUGAUUUUGGAGUAAGUAGAAGAUUUAAAAAAUACAAUGGUAGAGAAUUUGUAGAUGUAAAUAUGUGGACAAGAACAGGAAAUGUUUAUUAUGCUGCUCCAGAGAUCUUAACUGGAGGAGGUUAUGAUGAAAGAGUUGAUCUAUGGUCAUUAGGUGUUUGCUUAUUCCGUAUAUUGACUGGUUAAUUCCCUUUUUUUGAAGAUAGCGUAUUAGGAACCAUUGAAAAAAUACUUAAAGGAACCUUUGAAUUUAAUGAGAAUAUUUCUUUACUUGCUAAAGAUUUAAUCAAAAGACUUUUAAACCCAAAUCCUAUUCAAAGAUUAUCUGCGUAAUGUAUAUUAUAGAGAUUCACAUUAUAGUGGCUUUACAACAUCCUUGGCUCUAUCAUUAUUAGAUUGAUCCCAUAUCUCCUAAUAGCACUGAACUUAUUAAUAAAGUCAAUUACAAAACCAGCGAUGACAUUUCUGAUAUUUCCUAAGGUGCUGAUAAGAACAAUUAUUAUAGUAGAAAUCUUCACAUGAGAAGCAAUACUAUGACCAAAAGUCCAAUCAUAUAAUAAGAAUCUAAUUCAAAUCCAAAAUCUCCUCUUAAUUUAUUAAAACAAGAUCUCGAUGAAGAAAUUCAAUAGUCUCCCUUAAUCAAAUUGAAAAAAAUUCAAAAUUAAACGAAUAGAGAAAUCAAUAUCAUUAAAAAAAAUGAAUCUAAUGGACAAGGCUUACUUAGAAUUAGAUAGAGAUUACAAAUGGAAAAACUAGACAUCAUACAUGAAAUUUAAUGA